UUGGACGUGGAUGUCUGCGUCUCUGAUUGGUUGUGAAGCUCCAACCGACAACACCUGCUUAACUCCUUCAUCCAAAUUGACACCCGGGGCUCUGAGAAAUAUAGGCAGCAUCCCUUCCAGCUCAUGCAUUCAGUCCCACAGCUGCCCCAAUAAGACACCAAGCCGCAGCUGCGCUGAUCACUGAUCCAAGGUGAACCCUUACACACAUACACACACACAUACACACACAUAUACACACACGCACACACGCGCACACACACACACACAUACACACUCACUGACACACACACAUACACACACACACACACACACUGCCGGGGAUCUUUGCUGGAAAUCGGAGCACACUGUCGGAGACGCAAUGUUGGUCAAACUGGCCGUGGCGCUGCUGGUUUUGUCAGUGCUGGAGCAAGUGGUGGGAUCGGAUAAUAUUGAUAUCCAUGACAGCCUCCCGGAGAAGCCCGCGAGCCAGAAAGGACGCCUCUCUUUGCAGAAUACAGCUGAGAUCCAGCACUGCCUGGUGAGUGCAGGGGAUGUCGGCUGUGGUGUGUUUGAGUGCUUUGAGAAUAACUCCUGCGAGAUACGAGGGCUACAGGAAAUCUGCAUGACGUUCCUGCACAACGCUGGCAAAUUUGACUCUCAGGGGAAGUCCUUUAUCAAGGAUGCUCUGAAAUGUAUGGCACAUGGGCUACGGCACAAGUUCAGCUGCAUCAGCAGAAAGUGUGUGUCCAUUAAAGAGAUGGUGUUCCAGCUGCAGAGAGAGUGUUACAUCAAACACAACCUGUGCUCUGCUGCAAAGGAGAAUGUGGCCGUCAUGGUGGAGAUGAUCCAUUUCCAAGAUCUCUUCCCUAAAGGUCCAUAUGUGGAGCUGGUGAAUAUUCUCCUAAGCUGUGGAGAGGAGGUGAAGGAGGCGUUGACACGGAGUGUGCGGCUACAAUGCGAGCAGAAUUGGGGGGCUCUGUGUGACAGCCUGAGCCUCUGCUCCUCCCUCGCCCCAUCUCCCGCUGGCUCCACUGCUGAGCACCACCGCCGCCCCUUGCCUUCCCAUCCUGAACCGGAGCACCCUCGCCCCCCACGGCAAGGCGACAAGGAAAAGCCAGCUAAGGCGGGCUUCAACACUCACCCACGCAACCGCAGUCAAGGACCCCGCCGCCAGAGCCCAGAGGCCGGAGUCGUGGCUGAGCAGGAAGACCCAGAGGCCACCGAUAUCCGGAGGUGAAAGCGCAGGAGACUGUCCCGACUUUUGACCCCCCUACGAUGUUUAAAAACCACACUUGCAGACUUAUGCACACCUCCACACAAAUACACACAUAUCUUCACACACAUACACACACACAAACACAAAUUCCCAGACAGACUGAGCAGAAGGAUACAAGCCCCGACCUUUCCUGUCCUUAUUCCGCCCUCUCCAGUCAUUCCAGCAGUCCCACAUGCUAAACUUGCAGGGUAAUUGUGGUGUAGCUUGUACUGUUAUGCCAGACUGUAGGCCACGAUUUUUUUAAAUUGAAUAAUAAUUGUUAUUAUCAUGAUUAUUUCAACUGUUAGGACUAUUUUGGCUCUAAUAUAGCAUUUCUCAAAUCAUACUUACUGUAAGAUUUGAUUAUAUUUGUAUUAUUUAUUUUAUUCUGUAUGCAAUGUUGAAGUAUCAAAAUGUACAUAGAAAUAUACUUAUCUAUAUUUAUAUAAACAUGUAUAAAUAUAGUUACAAUAUGCAAUACUGAUAUACUAUAGAUGACAUAGUAUAUGGCGUGCUGUCUAUUGUUCUCUUCACAGUAUUGCACCCAUCACACAUUGGUCUGUAGAUAUGUAACAUACACCAUAUGUCGUUUCAAAGUGGGAAUGUGUAUUAUAAUUAUAGAUACUUGAUGAUUAAAUACAAAUUGUACAGGUUUCAAGUCCAGUUCUGGCACAUAUGAAUUGUAGUGCAUGAUGGCCACGAAGCCAACAAACUUGUGCAUUCUUCAAGUGAAAAUCCACUCUAAAUAGGAUGCAAAUGUAAUACUAUGAAUAUGGACAGUUAUUUCACACUUGUAUGUAUUGAUAAGUCUCUCACAAAGCUAGAAAUAAGAGAGCCAAGACUGAUCUCUGAUUUCAUCGAGCGCUGAUAUCUGGGCAACAAUGAAUGAAACAAUGGGAGGCAUCUGAUGUAAUGCAAAAAGUAUCAUGUUACCACCGUUCAUUGAUAAUUGAGCACCAGAAAUAGUGGCACGGUGACCUUACAGAUUAAUGUUCAUAGCUUCAGGAGACGUUAUUGUUCUUGUUCACGAAUAAUAAUUGAACUGUCAGAUGUUAUACAUUCUCCUUGAGUUGGUUUUCCAUCUAACUGUCAGCUAUCGGUGAACUUUCGCAAAGAGAGGAUGCUCACCCAAGUCCUUUCGAACAUAAAAUCACACACAUCAAGGUGCCUAAACUUGUUAUUGUCCACGGUGACCGCUUCUCUGUGAUUUAAGUGAAUGGAUGAUACUGUGUCGUCGGGGGAGAUUUAAUGUUGAACUAUUUUAUGAUGAUGUUGAGCCACAGAAGUCUUAGAUUUUGCACUUUGGGAUGAUUGUUAGUUCACAUUGGACCGCUGCGGGUUAAGAAAUAAGACCAGGUUACCAGAGCCCUCUAAUCAGACCUUACUGUGUAGGAUAUUUCAUUUGAGCAACCCCUUAUCAACUGCAGCGCCAAGUCUUGUAUCCCCACAUGCUCCUUAGGACCAGAUUGAGCUCCUCUUUAGAAGAUCAAUGUUACCCUUUUGUGGCAUCCCAGUGGGCAGGAAAGAGGCUUGACAGAAAUCCUCCAGAUCUCUGGCCCCCUCUAAAUUAGCCCUUAUUCCUCUCUGGUCCCUUACCUAGGUCAGGAGAGACAUGAAGGCCUGUUAUUCUACCCGUUAGAGCCGCAGGCAACGCAGCGAGGAACCAGGAACUGGGUUAAGUCCACACACGGGGGCUCUGGCGCUGUUAUUCUAAAUGUUAUAUUUACUGAGGCCACCAGAGAAUUCCUCUGGGCCACAGCCAAGAGCCAGAGAGGCAGAGAGGAGCGGAGCUAGCAGGAGAGAGACGACUUUUUUUUUUUUUUUUUUUUAAUGUGAUGAUUCACUCCAUCUUCUUCUCUCCCUCCUUUAGGUCACAGACACAGGCUUUUGACCAUUUCAGGCCAGUUGCAUGCUUUUAGCUGUGUAGUUUGUGAGCACAGGACACCACAUGCUGGGGAGCGACUGGUGCAAACAGAAAAUCAGAUUAUGUGGCUCAGUUAAGUUUUUUUUUUCACUUUUAUUACAGUAAGGUAAUGUUUUUUUCCCAAUCGUGUACUUUAAUAAGCUCAGAGGGUUUGAAUCAUCAGUGAGGCGUUCAGGCUUUUUUUUCUUUUUUUUUAAACUCUGUUGUGGAAGUUGGGAUUCCUGUGACAUCCCGGCACGAGACAUAAGCUAAUCCUUUUUGAGAAUGUACUGUAUGUGUGUAAAGUGACAAUCUGUUCAGCUCUCUGUCAUUAGGUUUGAUAUGGCUUUUUGUAAUAAUGUUGUGGCUUGAAUGGCUUCUCUUUAUGCGUUCAGAGGAAAAAAAAAAAAUUAACCACGUUUCCGGUAUUGUCAGUGCUCCAUCGCCACGUUGCAUUAAGCACAAGGACUCUGCUUUCACCGUUGAAAACACAGAACAUGGUCUAGAAGUUUGUAACUCAUCUGUAAGACAUUGGGCAUAUGAUCCUAUCAAUAUCUUUGGACUCAUGAAGUCAGAUGUAUCUUGUUAUCAUUAAAGUAUUUUUGUCUGUA